CCUGAGACUCUUCCGGGUUGUCAUUGAGGGUUCACAGGGCAUGCGGAGGUCGUGUUGUGCUUUUACUUUCGGCUCAUACUUUAGCUAGCAGUGGCUAGUGAUGUAAUGGCUUUCUUGACUUUGUUCAUGAGAAGGCAGCUGCCGCAGGCCGUGUGUCACUACGCCCGGCUGGUGAAGCAGUUCCGGCCGCCGGCCGCCGGUGCCACGCUGCGGAGACUGCACGGCUCAGCCCGGCAGCGGGUCGCGGAUAAGGGGCCGUGGGGGAAGAGCCGGGGGCCGGAGCAGCAGCAGUACCAGCUCACAGACCUCGACAAAGCGGACGCUUUGAUGCUGAGAAAGUCCCAUGAAACAGGCUUCCUCUCGUGGUUCAGGAACGGCCUGCUGGCGACCGGGAUCGGAGUCAUCGCAUUCGUCCAAAGUGAUGUGGGACGAGAAGCAGGAUAUGCCUUCUUUAUCCUGGGAGGUGCGUGCGUGUCGUUUGGCGGUGCCUCGUAUAUUGGCAGCCUCUUUGCCUUGCGGAGGAUGAUGCUGCUGUCUGUGCCAGCACUGCUGCUCCAAGGAGCCGUGGUGGGCAGCGUCGCCCUCUUCUGGCUCUGCGCUGUAUCGCUCUACAUCGGCCGAUUAGAGGUGGAGAUCAUCCACGAGGGAGAGGAGGGAGAGGAUGAAGAGGAGUGCCGAGAGUGCCGGGAGAGGCGCGAACACCGGGGUUACCGUGGGCCCCGCGACAAUGAGGACAGUGACGGCAAGGGGCAAAACAAGUAGAGGUCUUCCAGGAAUGCAGAGUGGAAAGCUGUGCAUGUGUGCUGCUCCAAUUCAGGGUUUCCCUUAUUUGUAUGUGUGUGGAUUUUGUGUACAUGUGCGUGUAUAAGCAGCCUACAUAUGCAGGCCGUGUGUGAGUCUGUAGAUACGAUCUUAUUAUCUGUUGUUAUUAAGAUGAAUAUUAAUGUGGGGAAAGACUUUUAAGACCUUUUUGAAAACUGGUCGAAGAAAUUUGUGAAACAUGCUGGUAAUUUGGUAGUUUAACUACCUUCGAUCACAGAAAAUAAAUCAACAUUUUGUAAGUUUUGUUAUAACUACGUGUAUCCAGAGCUGAGUCUCUUACAUCAUCAGCCUUUUCUUUUUCUUUUUACAUUCACACAUUCUGCAAAGACUCGCCGAGAACGCCGCGUUAUUUCUUCAAGUUUACUUUUUGCUGCCCUUUAUCAUUUUUAAUCCUCAUUCACAGCCAACUGUUGUUGGGUGCUGUUUGUCUUAUUCAGUAUAAUUAACUGUGAAUGACUACUUGAAGUUUUCUUGAAAGUGUGGAACUAAAACAAGCUGGCUGUGAUAAACUGAGACCUACGAGGAGGACUGCAGAGUGUGUGUUUCAGGUCUGUAAUUUUGUUUUGAUCAAAAAUCUCUGAGGGCUUUUAAUUUGUUUUUUCUAGUUUUUGUUAUUAUUUUGUUUUCGAAGGGCAAUAGCACUUCUGUCAGCUUUAGUUUGUCACUUUAGUAACUCUAUAGUUUUAGAAGCAAAGGCUUUUUCACAGGCUUUCCUGUGAUUAUUUAUACACACACACACACACUCUGUAUUGCUGUAACCAUAAUGUUUCUGAGUGAAUUCCACACUAUAAUCACUAUAAUUGCUUAUUUAAUGGAUGUGAAGGGUUGUUGAUCAUGGAAGAGUUUGAAUGCAGAUGUGGAGAGGGGGUUCGUCAUUGUUUACCUUUUUUUUUAUGCACGACUUCCUGUGCACUCUACUGUAUAUACAGUAAUAAAGCAAGAAGAAGUCUGUCGAGUUA